AUGAUGUCGUCGUCUUCGUCGGAUGCGGCCGCGGCGCUGGAGCUUCAGGAGUCCGGGUGGGAGGAGCUGCGGCGGGAGGCGCGCAAGCUGGAGGGCGAUCUCGACGUGAAGCUGUCCUCCUACGCGCGCCUCGCCGCGCGUUCCUCCUCCUCCGCAUCCGUCUCGGGCGCCGCCUCCCCCACCGCCGACCGCUCCUCCUGGAAGUCCAUGGAGUUCGAGAUCCAGUCGCUGCUCGGCAAGCUGCAGGACGUCAACGACGCCAUGAGCCGCUGCGCCGCCUCCAGCGCCACCACCACCUCCGUCUCCCAGAAGCUCGCGCGCCACCGCGACAUCCUCCACGAGUUCACGCAGGAGUUCAGGAGGACGAGGGGGAACCUGAGCUCCAUGAGGGAGCACGCCGAUCUACUCAGCUCCGUCAGAGACGACAUCACUGAGUCCAAGGCCACCGGUGGCAUGUCGCCAAGAGUGCAUUUGCUCAGGGAACGAGCUUCCAUUCAUGGCAGCAUCAACCAGAUUGAUGAGGUAAUUGGCCAAGCUCAAAGCACAAGAGUAGCUCUUUCCAAUCAGAGGGCCUUGUUUGGAGAUAUUCAAGGAAAAGUGAAGCAGUUGGGUGAAAAGUUCCCAAUAAUCAGAGGUCUUCUUGGCACCAUUAAGCGGAAGAAAUCAAAGGACACUAUAAUUCUUUCAGCAGUGAUCGCGGCCUGCACCAUCUUUUUGAUUAUUUACUGGCUUUCAAAAUGA